CUGAAGAGCUCACUGCUUUUCUGGCAGCGGGAACUCUUCUACAUACUCCUGGCAUAUGCGGAGUAUAACCCGGAUUCCACAGCCCAAAUGGCGGGACAGUCCAGGGGCUCCAAGACCAUCAGGAGCAUGUGGUACCCACGUCACAACCCAAGACCAUGUGGCAUCUGGACCAGGACAUAGACGCUGGUCUAUGCGGGCAGCAUCUCUCGUUAGGCUGGCUUCUCCGGACGUUAAUGAAGAUCUCUCUCGGGCUGACCCUGCGCCUGUGGGACGUUUACCUGCUACAAGGAAAACAAGCACAGAUGCACAUGACCAGCAUUGCAUUCGAGGUGCAGAGCAAGCGCCUCAAGGAGACCAGUUCCGGCCUGUGCGCAUGCAUCGCGAGCCAGUUCUGCCAUCACUGGGCCAGGGAUGAUGACACAGUGCUCAAGCACCUCAGGGCCUCUGUGAACAAACGAGGGAGGAAGCAAGCGGACCUGCCACCCCCAGCCAAAGCCGAGCAAGGGUCCUCGGCACCCAGGCCUGUGCCAGCUUCACGUGGCGGCAAGACCCUCUGCGAGGGGGACAGGCAGGCCCCUCCAGGCCCACCAGCCCAGUUCCAGCAGCCCAUUUGGUCAGCUUCCCCGCCAAGGGCACCUCGUUCUUCCACACCCCGUCCUGGUGGGGCUGUCUGGGAAGACACCUACCCUGUGGGCACUCAGUGUGUGCUCAGCCCGGCCCUGGCUCAGGGAGGACCUCAGGGUUCCUGGAGACUGCUGCGGUGGAACUCCAUGCCCUGUCUCCCGACGGACCUGGAUGCAGGGGACCCUUGUUUUCUCCAUUAUGAUUUCCAACAGAGCUACUGGGUCCGUGCCAUAUCCCAGGAGGACCAGCUGGCCACCCGCUGGCAGGCUGAACACUCUGCCGAGGGAGUGAGAUUGGCUUUCCCUGCGCCCAGCACUGAUUCCGACCAGGACACCUCCUUCGCAGCUAGGGACGAGGAGCAGUGCACUCCCAUCUCAGGGCCUUAUUAUUUAGUUAAUAGGAUUGUACUCAUGUUACAUUUCUCAAUUUUUUUUAAGAGAUAAAGUCUCACGCUGUCACCCAGGCUGGAGUGCGGUGGUGCAAUCAUGGCU